AAUAAACUAGGUAGGGAGUUUGCGUGCUGGGAGCAGAACCACGUCGGCGGUCACAUGCUUCCAAGCCGCUACGUGAGAUUUUUGCUUUGGUUAAAUUACGAAAUACCCUUUUCAUACUCACCAAGUGAGAGUGUGUUUUUGUGUUUAUAUGUUUAUUAUAGGCUUUAAUGGAAAGAGAAAGAGAUGCAGCUGAUGGAUUAUGUCGGCCAAAUUUGGAUUGAUCUUUAAGGAAGAUCAACGUGGCGGCCGUGCCCAGACGACAGACUAGCAGCCAAGUGGGAUACUAAUGCUUCUUGCCUCUGCAUUCCUCCCCCACCCCAACCCUUCUCUUUUUUUUUCUCUCUCUCCUUUGCUAUUUAUAUAUAUAUUGGCAUCCAUAUAUAUAACAGAGAAUAACUUUUGAGGCAAAGGGUAUUCUUUGAUUAAACGUAGAAUCUUUUCUUCUUCUUCUUCUUCUUCUUUUUGUUAUGGCUUACAAGUUAUAGUCUCUAGAAACAAGGGGAAAAAGUUCCGUAAAAGGGUUUAGCUAGUUCCUUUAGGACAUAGGCUCUGAAUAGGAUUUUUGCUUUUUUAUUUUAUAUCUUUUCUCUCAUGGAAGGCGAUUGUUGUUCAACUUCAAGUUCAACAAGCGGAGAGAAGCGGAAGCAAAGGAAACAGCAAAAAGAGAAACCAUUCAGAGGGAUAAGGAUGAGGAAGUGGGGCAAGUGGGUGGCUGAAAUCAGAGAACCAAACAAGCGCUCUAGAAUUUGGCUCGGCUCUUACACCACCCCUAUAGCUGCUGCCCGUGCCUAUGACACCGCCGUCUUCUACUUGCGCGGGCCUUCCGCUAGGCUCAACUUCCCUGACCUCAUACUCCAAGAAGACGAGCUUAGGGACAUCUCCGCCGCUUCCAUACGCAAGAAAGCCACGGAGGUGGGAGCUAAAGUCGAUGCUUUACAAACGUCGCUUCAUGCUGCUUCAUCGUCAGAAUCAAACCCUAGUCGAGGUUUCCAGAAGCCUGAUUUGAACAAGUACCCGGAAAGUUCUGAUGAAGAUUGAACGAUAUAAAAGUGAUGAUCAUAAUAAAUCCCCCAAAAGAAAAAAGACCCCACCAACAAAAAUCAACAACUGUUCAUAGCCUCCACUUUCUUUUUUUUUUCCUCUUCUUCUUAUGUCUUCGGAUUCUAAUGGAAUAGCAAGUGCCCGAAGAAUAGAAUCAAUACAAAAAGAAUGGAUUGAUUCUGUUUGAUAAGGUUAUGUUUUUACUUUGGGAAUACAGAUGUUUAGUUUGUGGCUUGUAACUUGUAACUUGGAUAGUGAUGAAACCGGGAUGGCUAGCUAGAUAUAGUUGAUCAGUUAGAAAUUACUCUUUCAUCUUUGCCUUUCCUUUCU